AUGCCUGCGGAAGGGAAAAGUGAUAUGGAGAGGAUUGGCCUCUUCAGCGAAAUGAGUUAUGUUACCAUUGGAGAUAAAUAUGUAUCACGUUAUAUGCGCCCUUUUAAUGAAGCUGCGAGCAAGAACAGACAGAUGUUAUCUGAGGGGACCAAAACAUUGUCGGCUUUGCAGGCAGGUUGUUUUGAGCCUCAGUUUGUGAGGACUUUCAGUGGUGAAGCCUACUCAGACCCUGUUCAGCUAAGGAGACGCUAUAGAAUGGCAGAAUCAAAGAAAAAUUUAGGCAAAGCUUUCCUCGCCAGUAAUGGAAACAAAUUGCCUUAAGUAUGUGGGCUGGGCAGCUAUUUUGGAACCAUAGGAGGUCCACAUCCAUACUUCAGUGCACAACUGAAAGCCAGAGAAAAAUGUGUUCCUCCUGGAAAGAAUUUUUAUACUAAUCCAGGGAAGAAGGGAACUGGAUAUGGUUACGCAAACCUUACCAUAGGUGAACAAUAUCCACAUGAGCCUGAAGGGUAUGAAUUAGAAAAAAUAAUUAAUAAGAAAGCGCAAGAGGAACAUAAACAGUUGCUUAAAGGAGGACCUUUCAAGUUAAAUCUAUAUCCCCAGGAAUAUUUUGACAUGAAUCCCUUUUUUAGUGACAAACCUUUGCCACCUGUGAAGAAAUUGCCUCCAGUGAAGCCAAUUGCAACAGCUUUCAUACCAAGUUCUGCUAAAAAGCCAGGGGGCAUGAAAGCAGGCACAUUUGAUCCUCACCCAAGCCAUUCUGCUGACCCUUAUGCAAUUAAAAAAUUUACCGAAGUCACAACUAAUAAAGAACGACAGAUUUUUCAUCUUCAUUCUGGACCGAAAACCAGACCUGUUAAAAGCAUAAUAGCUUUGAAUGUCACAAGAUCAAUAAAUGUAAAGAACUACAGGACUGCACAGCUGACAUAUUAUUAG